GUUACAGCGGCGGAACUCAUCGCCAUACGCUUGAAGAUUAGGGUUUGGAAUGGCUCUGUUUUGGCCACCUUCUGCAUCCUUGAUUUCAUGCAUUCGGUUGGGCAGAAAUUCCAGAAUCUCCAAGCCCUUUUCUUCUGAAGCUGUGGUUUCAAUAUUACCUAUCUUUAAGAUUUCAGAAAUACCAAGUUCUUCAUCUCCCAAUUUCUUAAACCCUAACCCGUUUCUUCAGAGUCUCCAUUGUUGCGCCAACUCGAGCUCCUCAGUUGAGCCCGCUAAAUCUCCUUUCACGAUAGUCUUCGUAAAAGGGCUUCCAAAAGCAACAUCUGAGGGAACGUUGAAGACGGCAUUUUCACAGUUCGGGGAAGUUAGCCGUGUUAAAGUCAUAACUGAUAAAAAGAGUAAGCAGUCUUUGGGAUUUGCCUACAUAUGGUUUGCGAGCGAGGAGGCUGCCCAAACAGCUGUUAGAGAGAUGAAUGGAAAGUUUUUUGAUGGCAGGUUUGUUUUGGUUACAAUUGCGAAGCCUGGAUCUUGCACGACCCAAGUAAAGGCACGACCAUACAAGUUCUAGCCUAAAUAAUCCAUAGCUUUCCUUGAAUUCUUUGCUCCCUCCAUGGAAUACUACAAAACAGUAAAUUUGGUUAGAACAUUCACUGGUGGGGUUGAACGUUUCGGCUAGCAUGGCUUGCAAGUAAGAAGAAUGCUUCUUGAUUGCUAGUGACAAGCUGACUGUGAACCUCGCUCGUAUACAUGAAUAGCUGAAUGCGGUUGCUCAAACAGUGUCCAUGGCUGGUAUACUUUGCAAUUUGAUGGGCUAAAAUGAAUUGCAAUGAGUUAUAGCUGGAAUUUAUCUGAGUAUGAAGUAGGAUUCCAAUUCAGAUUGUUUUACUCCGUGAAGCACAAAUGGGUUCUGAGGGCUGGCUGGCUGGCUGGCCGGCCCCAACAUUGGACAUUUGGAGGAGCUUGUUACAAAAUUCUUUAGUUCGACUAAUAUUAGCUUAGUGAAAUUAUGGCUUGUGAUUUUUGUUGCGUAUACUAAUUUCAACUUUACUUGAGAGUUUAGAAUGCUCUCAAUAAGCAAUGUAAGUUGCAUCUCCAUUGUUACCGUACCUUAAAACCUUGUAAUUUUAUUUUCUUGGACAAAUAAAUUACUUGGGCUAGUUUCCUCAUCUUA